AGACUGGGUGCUUAACCAGUACAAAAGCGUUACGGACCACAUUGGGUUCGCGUGGCAUUUUCUUCAAGAAGAAAAUUACUGUUUUCAUCACUUUGGCGAGAAACAUCUCGUUCCAGUUGUUGUGUAUAGUCAUUUUAUAGUCUGUCCUGUCACCAUGUUCAGAAGGAAGCUGGAAGCGCUCGGUUAUCAUCAGACUGACAUCGAUAUAACUGAUGAAAUGAAUUGGCGCAACUUUGUCAUUUGGUUGGAGGAUCAAAAAAUCCGGAUGUACAAGAUAGAGGAGAGACAACCACUGAGGAAGUUUAUCAGUGGCGAGUGGCCCGAAAUAUUUCAACAGUACUUAAAAGAUCUACACUGCCCGUUGGACGGCCAAGAUCGUCUAGCGGCCUGUGAGUGGUUACUGGCCCAUGCUGUCAGACUGGACUACGGCGAAAAUGUUGACAAGUACAAGGCAGUAACUGGCGGGGCACUGUCCAGACAAAAUUCAUCCCAGGCUGGGUCUGACGACCCCUUUGAAAAUGUAGAUGUGACCAGUCCCGACUUCAAUGCAGGCCUGACGUCAGUCUGUCAGUUACUGAACAUACCCCAGCACUACGACCGGGUGACCACACUGGAGGCUAUCAGUAUCUUGAUACAGGAGAGAUUAGCACAGGAUGGAACCGACCCCAAAACACAAGAGGGUAUCGACUUUGAUUUGAACAACUACGAGCUAGGCUUUGAAACCAAAGAUCCAGUGUUGGAUGAGGCUAGUCGAAUCCUUCGACUCCUUCACGUGGCAGAACUACGCGACCUACAAACCAAGAUCAACGAGGCCAUCGUUGCCGUCCAAAGCAUCACGGCCAAUCCCAGGACCGACCAGAAACUGGGCAAGGUGGGCCGGUGACGAAGGCGAAAGACUUAGCCCAAGGACGGGGAAAAGAUGAAGGACUCCAGUGAGUUUGGAUGGAACAAAGGGCAGUGGCACAUGUUGAUGGGGACUCAGUCUGUGGACCAUCCAAAAUCUGUUAUUUUUGUUUCACGAUUCUGCCUUCUUUGACUCCAGAACACAUUACACGAUUAGGGUUAGUCACAACAUGAACUGGUUGCAGUGAAUUCAAAAAUAGCUCUUCAGCUGCUGGAAUGUUCCAAGAAAAAGACUUUGGUUUCAACUAUCCCCAGCUAACCUUAAAACAUUGUAUAAAAAGCAGUUAAGUUAUUCAUUCUUGUGGAAGGCCAGUUGCAUGUUUACAAUGCAUUCUCACUAAACGUGGUACUCACUCUGUAGUUGCGCAGUUCGAAAAAUAAACUAAUUGGCACAAAUUUUUGUUAGUUAUGCACACAAAAAAGAGCAAACUGCACCAAAUUUAACCCAUUAGUACUUGUAUAAUUACAUUAAAUGUAUCUUCAAGUAAACUGGAAUCCUCGAUCCUGAUGAUCAACCCAUGGCAACAAGCCAUGCUCCAUACUGCAGCAGCACUCCGCAUAUUGCGCUAUUCUAAGAUGCGCGCGCCAUUCGGUACAACAUGCACGUGUAAUAGGAUAACCACCAAAAGUUUGUGUACAGCGAGCGUAUUCCAUCUUUAAUGUGCGUCAGGGAAGUUGUUCCUCAUCCAGCUACAUAUACCCAUUACAAUUAGAAUAUUGUGGAUAAACCUUUCCCGCAGUUCAUACCAAAGACAUGUAUUAACAAGAUGAUUCCUAAACACAAGUAUCCUCUUAAAAACACUUGAACAAUAAGUAUGCGUAAAAAUAACAGCAUGUUACACUUCUGUUGCUAAAUAUCUUUGUGAUGUAACAGCUUAUAAUUGUCACAACUUGGGCAACCCCAAACCAUUAAAGUACUGGUUUCAAACCAGAUUUAUUUACUUCUA